AUGAUGAAUAAAAAUAAUUGCUGAGACAAAGAAGGUACCUAUUUCUAUCAACACCAACCCAAUUGCCUUUACUCGGCCGAGUUAUGGCUGACUAUAGACAUCACCCAGGAGCUUAUAAAGAUUUUCAACUCAACAAUGUUCAAAUUCGUUAGUAAUUCAAUAAUGAUACCCUCUUCGGCAUUGCUGGUCCUCAAACGUACAAGGAUAGCUCCAAAAGCACAAUAG